UGGCGAUGCCAAGACGGCUGCCGCCAGUGAGAGAACAGCGAAUCCCUUCAUUAUGAUGGACUGUAUGAUCAAGACGAGGAAUUGCGUGAAGAAUUGUUGUGAUGGAAGUGAUUUCUUUCUCGGUGGGCCAAGUUCAUGACCUUUAUAUCCCGAGCUGUCGCGGUCGAAUUCGAUAGGAAUCUGUCACAUCUCCGCCAUCUUUGACAAUCAUGGAUUGUGCAGAGAUGAUCGACAUUGGUCUUCACCUAUUCGGUACGGAAGAACUGCUGAGUUUCCACGCAAGAUAUCGUUUUGCUUGCUUGUGACAACCAUAUCGUUACAGAUCAAAGGUCUCUCAUUCGUCGACAUCGUGACACUCAGAUAAGGGUCUUCCUGGAAUUAGCUUACCGGAAACGUCCAGAUGGUUACAAGUGGGCCUCAGAUAAGCUUUAUCUUGAACAACUUCCCACGAUUGAGACUUAAGCUUUCAUUGAGGAGAACUUCGCCACGGCAUAUCUGCUGUUGGAUGGCCAUCAUUAGUGUCGAAAUACUGAUUGUAAGAAGAACAGGGCAAUGGAAGCUUGAAGGCUGCUGCACGAUUGUCAAGCCGACCAGUCAUGCACCGCCAAUCUCCCGCGCCACUGCCGCUCAGUCUAGCGAUGCUUGUGUGAAUCCCAUAAGGAUAUGCGUCGAUUGGACCAUCAGUAUGUGCAUCUCCGAAACCACGCAAUUCGCACGAUCAUCUCUGUCCCUGUCGGUUUCCUGCCGGCUUGCAAAGGCACGGAAACGCAGACCUCAUGCUGCGCAUUUCGCGCGUGCUAGAACUCAACAUUCUUUCAGACCUAGACCUUCCAGGAUUGAGAUCCAUGUAACGACUGACGGGACUUGCCAGCCAACCCUGUUGUGCAAUAGAACAUUUCCCGGUCCCCUAUUGUAGGUCGUGCGACAUCAGUGAACCACGAUAGGGACUCUGGCGCUAGCAACUAGGCCCAUGGAAGGGUAGCCGUUUAGGAG